AGCACUGAAUCACGGAUUUGUCGUCCAUUCCUGUCAUUUCAUCGUCGAUUGUUGUCGAUGGGAAGUCGGCUUCAUCAUACCAUCGCAAAGCUGCGACUUUGCAUUUACCCGUCAACUGUACGUGACGCGAUCAGGGCUGGAAUGAAAUGCAACUCCAGCUCACAUCGAGUGGAGAAGAACAUGUCGGCGAGCUGGAUAGCUCUCAACUUGGAGAACAAAGCGCUCCUGUCAAAGUUGUUCUUGAAGGAGAGCAAUGGCUCAAUGGCCUUGAGGAGGGUCAGCCGUUUCAGCAAGGAACAGCAGGGCGUGAGUCGUUGUCUCCACAUGGCAAGGGGGCCGGGGGAACAAGGGGCAGCUGUCUCUACCAUGAUCAGAGUCAAGAGUUUUCCUUGGGGGUCUCAAAGACAGAAUCUGACUCAGAUCCGAAUGUUUACUGCUGGGAACGGAUCUCAAUCCGCAAGGAGUUCUUCGUCGUGGGGAUACAUUCUGGCGUUGUCGGUAGCUGCUGGGACAGGAUCUUACUUGAUCCAUGAAAGACUGAACAAGCAGUCGAACGUUGAAGCAAGUCGCUUGCAUCCUUUCGAGGAAAUCAGCCCUGAAGACUUCGAGCACCCGUUCAAGAAACGACCAAUCUGGUUCCGCAUGUGGAUCGUUACCAAGCGCCUGCUGUUCUUGAUCGUGACCUUCACCCCCUUCGCCUUCAUCACGUUUCAGUACCUCAUGGAUCAGAGCGAAAAGACGCGUGAGAGGUGGCUGAACUCGCUGGUUUCGACCUUCGAGGCUGCUGGCUGCAGCUUUCAGAAGUUUGGGCAGUGGAUGUCGAUGAGGCCUGACAUGCUCCCUCCUGACGUGAUAGAGGCAUUCAGCAAGCUCCGGGAGGAUCACGACAUGGCUCACAACGAGACCGUCAUUCAAGAGUCUCUUGGCAAGUCCAUCGAUGACGUGUUCGAGUUCUUCGACCCCCGGCCGGUGGCGAGCGGGACAGUCGCGCAAGUCCACCGGGCGCGCCUCCGGGCGGAGAUGACCCAGAGCGGGCAGGCGAUGGAUGUGGCUGUCAAGAUUCGACAUCCGAAUGUCGUUGACGAGACCUUCGUCGACAUUGACUUGAUCUUUGCGUUUGUAAAUACUCUGGGAGAAGUUGCCGGCCACUUGACAAUUCCGUUCAAGAAGGACGAGUUUCAUUCUGUGCUUCAGCGUCAAGUCGACUUUCGAUGGGAGGGUUACAACCUGACGAAGUUUGGGAACAACUUCAAGUGCUUGAGCUAUGAAGAGUUUGCCGACCAUGACGUCAGCAAGGAGAUUUUUUUUCCAGAGGUACAUCACCAUCUCGUCUCUCCUAGUUUGCUCGUAGAGUCAUGGGCUCCGGGGAAGACAGUUGCACAGUACUUCUCUGAGCUGGGAGAAGGUUUUGUGCAGAUCUCCGAGGGCAAGGGGCUAAGGAACCCGGUAUUCGACAAGAAAGUGCAUACCAUGAAACGGGAACUUGCGAGCCUGAUAUACGAUGGGGUUAUGAAGAUGUUUUUGCGCGACAACUACAUUCACGGGGAUCUGCAUGGAGGGAACAUCCUUUACUCUCAGCAAGACGGCAAGGUUACCAUCCUCGAUGCGGGAGUGGUCGUCGCCAUCGACCCGCACUGGCGCGAGAAGUUUCAUGACUUUCUCUUCUCGCUCUGCACGGGGAACGUCCGAACUCUCACGCAGAGGCUCUUGGAGUUCAACGAAGCCAAGGAGGUGGACGAGAAGUCGUUCGCUCAAGACAUCCGGGCAACUACUGAGAAAUGGAUCGGCAUUGGCAACAGGGCCCCCAACGGUGGCCCGGUGAUGCUCGGGGACUUUGUCGGGGAGAUUUUGUUCAAGAUCCAGAAGCAUCACCUGCAUCUGCGGGGCGACGUUGCCUCUACGAUCGUAACCAUGAGCCUGGUGGAGGGGCUAGUCAAGCAACUGGAUCCUGAGUUCGACGUGGUGGGGGCGGCAAUCCCUUACUUUGCUCGCUAUGCCCUGGCGCCUGCCACCUCCUUCGGCAUGCCCAGCUCUCCUCUCGAGCCCGAACCUCACGCCUUCCCCCUCCUCGACUGA